GGUCCAUUCUCUCUUUUAACGACUAUCUUGUCUCAACACAUCCCCACUCAGUUCAUAAGUGUAUCUAUCUCUUCACAUCGCAUGAACGUGCAGAACCUGAACUCUUUCGAUCCUUUUGCUGACGAGGGUGAUCCUCUCGGAGGCAACCAAGACGUUGGAUCCCAGCAGAAUUACCUUCAUAUUCGUAUUCAGCAGAGGAAUGGAAGGAAGACUUUGACCACGUUGCAGGGAUUACCCAAAGAAUAUGAUCCCAAAAAACUCUUGAAGGCUUUCAAGAAGGAGUUUGCUUGCAACGGCACUCUCGUUGACGACGAGGAGAUGGGUCAAGUCAUCCAGUUGCAGGGUGAUCAGAGGCUUAAGAUUGUCAAGUUCCUCACGGAGGAGGGCAUUCCGAAGAACACCAUCAAGCUGCACGGGUUCUAGUCCAUGUCGUCCGAGGGUGUACUUAAACCCUCGAUGUUAACGCCGAUAUUUCUGUCAGCAUAGUUUUUCUUUCUCACAUAGUUCUGGAUACGUGUUAUGUAUGCCAAUUGUACCAUUAGCGAUUGUUGAUCGAUUAGAUGUUUUCUCAUGUACUAAGCUUUUAAAAGUCUGGACUUCGCAUAUAUUUCCAAAAGCA